AUGUCUGACUUUCGCAACUUGCAAUACUAUAUUUCCCAUAACCAAGUCUCUCCUAUCGCCGAAGAAUACUACCUCGAAGGCUACACACUUUUACGGCAUUGUGCUGCAGAGGCUGAGGCCGUCCUCAAUAGACCAUUCAACGCGACCGUAUCUAAUCCAUCCGGAAACUCUGAACGAGAGAAAUCGCAGCUCAGAUCGGUCAUUGUCGACGCUGCGGUCCGCCGGUUCCAAUGCCAGCGUGCAUAUCUUCGAGUACAUGCCGCUUUGCGCUGGAUGAACUCUCGCUAUGCAAUUCUUCAGGGCAGACGUCCCACUGUGACACAUGUUCCACAGCUGCAAGCCGUGGACAAUCAAUUGAGAGCUGAAGUAGCAGCGAUUACCGAUGAACACGUUAUCAAUACCCUCCAAAUGCAGGACUCUUCCCAGGGCAAAUGGCUCGGCGAGGACCCUUCAUUAGCUACAAUUCAGCAUAUCGCGAAUUCCCAACGAUAA